AUCUUCUGCUAUGAACUUUCAAAAUGGCGGUCUAUAUCGCAGAUAGUGAAACAGCGAUGUAACAGCAUCAGUUAUUAGAAUAGAACCUAUUUAUUGCCUUUCAACACAGCUUAACAUUAGCUAUUUUCCUAAAGAUAAGGAGCUGCACGAUCUCAACACUUGCAUAUUAGCUAUGGCAGCUCAUAUUCGAAGUAAGCGCAAGAAAAAUUUCACGGCAAAUGAAACUCCGCAAAUCAAUGAGCGUGUGACUCCUUCGCCCAAUGCUAAUAUUGGAUUUGCGGAUGAAAAGACAUCAGGUUUAAAUAUUCGCAGAUCGUCUCGGAAACCUAAACCAAAAAAACUUCACGAUGAGUUUGAGCCAGGGGGUAUUUCAAGGCAGAAGACGACUAAGGGGAUGAACGUCAAAGAAGAACCACCAGAAGAUGAUGAUGAAUUACCGCCGACCGUAUUUACGACAGAAACUCCAGUUUUUGAAACGAAACAAUGUGAGGAAGCGACGCCAUUUGUUCCUGCUGGGUUGCGACGUGAAACUAGGAAAUCGUUUCAAUCGUAUCUUGAGAAACUUGGUUAUAAUACUGAUUUCUCGAAAAUCAACGAACAUAAAGAACUUAUUGCAGAAAAGAGACGAAGAUCGAAAAAUUCAAGUAAUGACAGAGUGAAAAUUAGCACAGAUGAUGACAAGUUACAGUCGCAGUCUGUUUCAACCAAAGAUUUGUUGUUUCCAGAGGAAGAUAAGACAACAACAAAAGUUCGAACUUCAUCAAGACCUUCUAAACCCAGAAAGACAUUUGAUUUAUUGUAUAAAAAAGACACAAAAUCAUCUGGUGAUAAGGCAGCUGAUGUGAACAUUGAGUCAACAUCAAGAAAUUCAAAGAAAAACAAGUUGAAAACAAAUUUACCUAAUAAUACAAAAAAUAAUUUACAAAAAAAUUCCAUGUCUGAAAAACAAUCAAUUGUACUUCCAUCAAAAGACUCUGAAAAAUUGUCAGAUGAAAAUGGCACGGUAACUACACGAGUGUCAGGUAGGGUAAGAGUUCCAAAGCGUAAAUUUUCCCUUCUUGAAGACAAGUCACAAGUGGAAUUCAAACAGCAGAAAGUAGGUUCUGCUGUAUCAGAAUUAAAAGAGCAUAAAUCAAAAGAAAAUGUUGAUUCAACUCUGGAUAAUAAGAAUAGGUCUUCUGUUUUUGCUGAACAAUCGAAUGCCAAGAAAGGUAAAAAGAUUAUAGACUCAAGUGAUAAAAUGCCAUUCAAUUCUUGUCCUCGUAAGGUGAAAAAAAUAAUUGAUGAUAUUAACAUUAAGAGAAAAGUAGACACACCUAAAUCAGUUAAUGAAUCAGAGAAGAAAACAGGCUCUAAAAAAGGACGGGAAAGAAUUGAAAAGAUUGUGGAGUCAUUGUUACUUGCAAAGCAAACUGAUUCUGAAUCUACACAGGAUGAUACGGCAGUCGUAGAUAAACCUAAGGGAACAAAAAAAAGAAAAAGAGAAAGUUCUCAAGAACAAAAGAUAAAUGAAGGCGGAGGAAAGAAAUUAAAAACUGAUAAAGAAGAUCAUAUUGUUGUAAAACUUCAUAUCCCUCAAGGAAAAAAUCAAAGUCACAAACAUCAUAAACAUCACCACAAGCACAAAAAAAAUAAAGAAACAAGCGAGAAAAGUAUUGGGAAUAAAUCAAAAGAUAUACCAGUGAAAAAGCAUAAAAAACAGGUUGCAGUUAUGAAUGAUGAAAAUCAGACGGAAAAAACGAAAAUAAAACAAGAGCCACAAGAUAAUGAAACACAUCCUCAUGUGAAGCUUAUCAUAAAGAAAAAUCCAACAAAAUCCACACGAAUUGCUGAGGUGAUGAUGAAAAAUUCUACUGAGAAUGAUUCACCCGUAGCAAAGGACGCUGAGAUAUGCGAAAGUUCAGAAAAGGACGAUAGUGCGAAGGAAACAAAGUCUAAAUCACCUGUAAAGAAACAUAUAAAAGUGAAAAAACAAGAAACAAAGGGAAAAUCUGCAGCAAGUUUAUUGGCAUGUGCAAAAAUGAAGAAAACUGGGGUAAAAAAGAAAAUCGAACUGAAAAAGAGACAAGUGAUGGAAAAAAAAUUUGAACAGCGAAAGAAAACUGUGAUGAAGAAAUCUCAUGAUGUUAAACCACCAAAAAUUACUCCAUUGAAAAAGAAAGAAGAAGAACCUGUGAAAUCUAAGACUGUUUCUGCCUACUCUUUGUUUACUAAAAAUAAAAGAAAGGCUUUACUGGAUAAGGAGCCAAAUUUAGACUUUGCUUCCACGAGUCGUCGCCUUGCUGAAAUGUGGAGGAAUUUAUCUCUUUCAGAUCAAGAAUACUGGAAGGCAAAAGCAAAAGCAAUGAGGAUUCCCAUCAAUAAAGAUACCAACGAUUCAAACAAAGGAAGAAGAGGAAGUUAUGAUUCAUACAACUGGUCUCAAUUAAAUGAUAUACCACAGUCAUCUAGUACUGGUAUUGAGGCUAUCGAUAUGGCUGCUCAUUUAAAACUUCUAGGGGAGUCUCUGUGUUCCAUUGGAAUGUGUCUAAAAAGACAGGAUCAGAUGGAAGUUCAUGGAAGUUUAUCUGUGUUACUCGAUACAGCUUUAUGUUCUAUUGCUCCUAUAUUCUGUUUGACAUCACAGUUAACAGAAAUGGCUGGAUGUCCAAAUGAAACACAGGCUCAAAUUUUGAAUAAUCUGGCCUACAUAAUACCUGGACUGUGACAUAUCUCAUUUAUGGUACCUGUAUGCUGUAUGGUAUUAAGACUUACGUAUGCAAAUUUCCUCUAUCUUGUUGGAACGCAGUACAUUUGUUGUAAAUAUUCUUUAACGAAUGACGAAAGGAUUUUUAGCAGGCGUAUUGAAAUUUAAUGGCUAAUAGAGUUCGUCAUUUAUGACACUUUUCUUUUCAUUUUUAUUUGUUGAAGAAAUUCUGGCGAAAAUCUAUUUCUGUUAUCACUCUUUGCAUGGCAGAUCAAGACGAAUGACUGCAUCUUUUUUUAUUUUAAUUAUUGUACAUAUUUUACAAAUUUGUUUUGACAACUUAUUUACUUAUUGUGUUCACAGUCAUUCAUUUGUCAUAAAGAAACAACUCAAAGAAUAUUGCCACGAUAAA